GUGCAGUGCAGGUGAGUGUCAAAAGGUUGUCGUCUUGUCAAAGUCCAUUUUCUCCCCCUGUAACGUAAAGGAAGCGGUUUGGGUGUUCUGGUAAUGUAUGAUGGACACCAGUGGGAUGGCAUUGAGAGGAGUGAAGGUAGUGGAGCUGGCAGGGCUGGCACCGGCACCGUUCUGUGGGCUGAUACUGUCCGACUUUGGCGCGAAGGUGACACGUGUGGACAAGGCCAGAACAGCCAUGUCUAUGGACAUGAUGGGCAGAGGGAAGAGGUCCGUGGCGCUGAACCUGAAACAGCAGGAGGGUGUGGGUGUGCUCAGGAGGAUGUGUCAGAACUCAGAUGUCUUGAUAGAGCCAUUCAGAGCUGGUGUGAUGGAGAGACUAGGUCUGGGCCCUGACAUCCUCAUGAAAGACAACCCUGGUCUCAUCUAUGCACGAAUGACGGGCUUUGGCCAGUCUGGUCCCUUCUCUCAGAUGGCUGGACAUGAUAUUAACUACAUCAGCCUCUCAGGCAUGUUGUCCCGCCUGGGUAGGAAACAUGAGAACCCGAUGCCACCAUCAAACCUGCUGGGAGACUUUGCAGGGGGAGGUCUGACCUGUGCCCUGGGUAUUGUCAUGGCCCUGUUUGAGAGGACCAUGUCUGGCAAGGGGCAGGUCAUCGAUGCCAACAUGGUUGAAGGAGCUAGCUAUGUCGGAUCCUUUAUAUGGCACUCAAGGUUCCUGUACAACCAUGGACGUGGAGAAAACUUGCUGGACACUGGGGCACACUUCUAUGAGACUUACAAGACAAAAGACGGGGAAUAUAUGGCUGUAGGUGCCUUGGAGCCACAGUUUUAUGCAAAGCUGCUAGAAGGUCUGGGACUGACCAUUGAAGACCUCCCACCUCAAAUGGACCGUGAGAGUUGGCCAUCCAUGAAGGAGAAGUUUGCAACAAUUUUCUCAAGCAAGACACGGGCCGAAUGGUGCGAGCUGUUUGAUGGGACAGAUGCCUGUGUCACACCCAUUCUGUCUAUGCAGGAAGCUCCAAAUCAUCCUCACAACAAGUCACGUGACUCCUACUUGACCAAUGAGGAUGGAGGAGUACAGCCACGCCCUGCACCUUUGUUGUCGAGGACACCAGGUGUAGGUGGGGUGGGACCUCAGCCUAAGAUUGGCCAGCAUACCAAGGAGGUGAUGGUGGAGACUGGCUUCAGUGAAGAGGAAAUUCAGAAGCUUGCUGAAUCUGGUGCAGUUGACCUUGGGGGAAUCAAAUCAGCCCUGUGAAGACCAAGGCCUGCUCCACACAGGAGUUUGACACUCCUUUGGUGUAGAGUAUAAUGUACUAGUAAAUAUAACUUGCCAGUAUUAUAAGACAACGGAAUUAUAUGGCUAUUUUUAAGUUGAUACAGUCAGACUGUAUGUUGACUCCUCUUUGAUUUUGUCUGUUACUAUUGUGUUAGGAAAUCUUUGGAGAAAGAAAUAAGGAAAAUCAUUACUACACAAUCAGCUGGUGAAAAAAUAGUUUUAAUGUGUCAAACUUGACUACAUUGUGGCAUCAUGAGUAAAGGAAUGAUAACAGGAAAAGAUAAAGUAUAAUUGUUACAGUAAGAAUGUAAGAGCCUACUAGUAUAAGGUGUACAUAUUUUUACUACUAGUAGUUUGCUGUUUGAUUGGAUUGUUGAUUGAUCUGUUAUGACCACUGGUAGAAACUUAACUUUGGAUACUUAGGCCUUGAUUGUUACAUAUAGAAUAGAUUACUAGUAUUAGAUUUUGAGAAGAAAUAUUAACCAAUAUUCUUGAACCUUCAUACCUCAUCUUCAUUUUUUAAUAAAUA